AUGGGAAUAAAUAAAUAUCCCAAUUGCGUUGAAAUCAAACGUCAAAAGCCCGCCAUCACUGUCAAUGAAGAUAUAACAAAAGCAAUAGGUUCAAACUACCGUACGCUGCCAUUAUUCGAAAAAGGCCUAUACGAAUACAACUAUAAGAUUUAUUAUUCGUUAAAUAAUAACGAGUAUUUAAAAUGUAGAUGGCUGGAGUAUAAGAAACAUAUUGAAGAUCGUGUCUUCUCACCGUUUCAGUUCAUCGACAUAAGAGAUUAUCAUUUCUACAACUGCAAAAAUCGUUAUAUACCGUCACAAUCGAUUUACGCAAAGCAGGAUUUCCGUUACAAAAUGAGUUUGGGCCCUGGCGUCGACGAAUAUGGCCAAAUACCGAUCCCGCAAGACAUACUGAUGAAACGCGGCGACGCGAAGAUUAAAAAAAAUAAUGUAAAGGCGGGAAAAGAAAAGAAAAAUGGCUGA